AUCCUUUGAACCAGCACAUGACGAUCUUCACGUUGAUGACGGAUCUAGAAGAACCCCUAGUAUAUACCUCGACUAAUACCGCACUCACUUGUAAUUUUAUUGACUUCUUCCACCGAUUCAAGCUCUUUUUUGGGUUUGUUCAAGGGAUUGCGGUGCAAACUGAGUGCUGCUGUUUGGGCCGAUGCUAGCUGGGGUCCGCAUGUCGUGGUACCUCGCGAAGGCGUAAUGUCGGGAUAUGACUUGGAUGGUUUCACGGCUCCAGCGCGUACCUGCAGCCCGUCCUCUCUUGUCGAUGAUCCGACUUUUCGUGGGGAACUUAACUCACCGGUCCGCUCAAUGUCUUUCUGCACGCACCUGCAGCUAUUGCGUCUUUCCUCAGCUCCGCACAUUGAGCUUCGUGCGUACCUCUUCCCAGUGGCAUACAUCGCCUUUCUCGCGCUCGUCCUGCGGUCGAAUUACAGCAUUGCUCGCCAGUGGUGAUAAUCUUGCGGCCCACGAGGACGAGGAUCAAUCCCAUGCCCCGCCAGCACUCUUCCACCACUUCUACCAGCCCAUCUUCUACGGGUAUCGACGUCCCGCCCGCCAUACUCGCAGCUGCUUUCGCGCUUGGUGUCGGAUACGUCGCGUAUACGCACCUCAGGAAGCAAGGACCCACCGGACCCCAGUACUCGAACGUCACUAAACUGGGUAUCCGAAUAACACAGACAACACUGCAAAGAGCAAGAGCAGGAGUUGAAGCGAAAGAACGGCCACGCCUGGCGCUGCUACCCCGCAG